AAUGUCGUACGAUUUGGAAACCGCCGAAAGAGCUGCCUACGCUCCAUUCUUCGGAUACAUGGGAGCCGCUUCUGCCCAGAUCUUCACCGUUUUGGGAGCAGCUUAUGGAACUGCCAAGUCCGCCGUCGGUAUUUGCUCAAUGGGUGUGAUGAGACCUGAGCUCAUCAUGAAAUCGGUCAUUCCAGUUAUUAUGGCUGGUAUCAUCGGUAUCUACGGAUUGGUCGUGGCUAUGGUUCUCAAGGGAAAGGUCACAUCUGCUUCAGCUGGUUAUGACCUCAACAAGGGAUUCGCUCACUUGGCAGCUGGACUUACCUGCGGACUUUGCGGACUUGGAGCUGGAUACGCUAUCGGAAUUGUCGGAGACGCCGGAGUCCGUGGAACUGCCCAACAGCCAAGACUCUUCGUCGGAAUGAUCCUUAUCCUCAUUUUCUCUGAGGUCUUGGGACUCUACGGUAUGAUUGUCGCUCUUAUCCUUGGAACAUCCUAAAUCGUCUUCUUAUCUUCCAAUCGCUCACAUAAUUCAUUCCCAAAUUUUCCAAGUCUUAACGGAUUUCCGUGUAUCAAUGAAUGUAUUUUCCCACCUUUUCUAUCAAAUUAGCCCUUCCAGUCAAUUCCCCCGCCACCUCCCUUUCCAAUCAUCAGCACUUGACCGAUACAGUCAACGCAUCUCAGUUGACUCCAAUAUUUUUCCCCGUCUGAUGUUCUUCUUGUGUUAGUGACCUUCUCAAUCAUUUCUCCCCAAAAUUUUUUCUCUAUCAAUGUGUACUAACAUUGCCAAUUCUACGACGACUUGUCUCCGUUUUAGUGUAUGAAUUAUAUACAUAUAUAUAAUUUUUAAUUUAAAAUUGCAUCCUAUUCGGCUAAUAGAGCUCACUUAUAUCAACAAAAAAAGGUUGUGUGCUAUCUUGUGCUUUCCAUGAGCUCCAAUCCUCGGAAAUAGAGAAUAAAUCAUUCGCCGUUGGUA